AUGGACACCUCGCGGGCUCCGCGGCUCCUCCUGCUCCUGGCCUGCGGAGUGGGGGUCCUCGUCCCCACAGCCCCUGCUGGACCUCGGCAGGGCAGCACCUCCACCAAGGCCCCCAGCUGGAAAUUUCCGGGCAGGGCUCCAGAUCCAGGAGCCUCUGCCCGAACCCCUGGCCCCGACUGGUUCCCAGAGGCCCUGAACUCCAGCGCGGCUUCUGGCUCCUUCUGGUUCAACGAUUCUGCUGAGGGCCACAAUCCCAGCCCGGGUUCCAUCUGGGCCCACACUCCAGACCCCGGCAGCCACUUGGGGGCUCCCUUCUCGGUGGAGACCCCAGCUUCAAAAACCUCUGCUCAUGUCCCAGAUACCCCAGGACCUGCCCAGACCCCAGGUUCUCAAUCCCCCCCUGGGACCCUGCAUCUUGAACCCUCUGCCCCCAGACCAGAGCCCAAGGUCUCCGUGGAAACCCAGCCAGCGGCCAGCUUCCCCCACGUGGCCGAGGGGCCCCUCGCGGUGCUGGUGGGGACCACCAUCCGGCUCCCUCUGGCUCUAGCCCCCAGCCCUGGGCCCCCCGCCCCUCUGGUGGUCUGGCGCCGCGGCUCCAAGAUCCUGGCCGCUGGUGGCCUGGGGCCGGGGGCUCCUCCCACCAGCCUGGACCCUGCCCACCGCGCCCGGCUGCGUUUCGAUCAGGACGCAGGGGGCCUGGAGCUCGCUGCUGCCCAGCUGGAAGACGCAGGGGUCUACACGGCCGAGGUCAUCCGGGCAGGGGGCCCCCGGCAGAUUCGGGAGUUCACGGUGGGCGUCUAUGAGCCCAUACCCCAGCUGUCCGUGCAGCCCCAGGCCCCGGAGACGGAGGAGGGGGCGGCGGAGCUCCGGCUGCGCUGCGUGGGGUGGCGGCGGGGUCGCGGGGAGCUGCGCUGGAGCCGCGACGGACGCGCCCUGGGGGCGGCGGACCCCGAGGGAGCUGAGCCAGCCCGCAUCCGCGCCGACGGCGACCAGCUGGUCAUCGUGCGCCCGGGGCGCGCCGACCACGCCCGCUACACCUGCAGCGUCAGCAGCCCCUUCGGCCACGCGGAGGCCGCGGCCAACGUCAGCGUCUUCUACGGCCCCGACCAGCCGGCCAUCAGCGUCUCCUCGGACCGCGACGCCGCCCCGGCCCUCUACGUCUCGGCCGGCAGCAACGUGACCCUGCGCUGCAGCGCCCCCUCGCGGCCGCCCGCCGACAUCGCCUGGAGCCUGGCGGACCCCGCCGAGGCCGCGGUGCCCGCGGGGCCGCGCCUCCUGCUGCCCGCGGUUGGCCCGGGCCACGCCGGCGCCUACGCCUGCCUCGCCGCGAACCCGCGCACCGGCCGCCGCCGCCGCUCGCUGCUCAACCUCACCGUGGCGGAUCUGCCCCCCGGGUCCCCGCAGUGCUCGGUGGAAGGCGGGCCCGGGGACCGCAGCCUCCGCUUCCGCUGCUCGUGGCCCGGCGGGGUCCCCGCCGCCUCCCUGCGGCUCCAGGGCCUCCCCGCAGGCGUCCACGCGGGGCCGGCGCCCUCCGCGCUACAGGUGGAUGUUCCCGCCCACCCCCGGCUCGCCGGCGUCCGCGUCGCCUGCCUGGCCCAACACCUGGUGGCCACGCGCACCUGCACGGUCACCCCGGAGGCUCCGCGGGCGGUGCUGCUCCGGGCGCUGGUGGAGCGGACGCCGUCCGGGGAGGCCGAGGUGGCGCUGGAGGCCGCCGGCUGCCCCCCGCCCGCGCGGGCGGCCUGGGCCCGGGAGGGGCGGCCGCUGGCUCCCGGGGGCGGAGGGCGCCUGCGGCUCAGCCAGGACGGGCGGCGGCUCCUCAUUGGCAACUUCAGCCAGGCCCGCGACCUGGGGAACUACUCCGUGCUGUGCAGCGGGGCCCUGGGGGCAGGCGGCGACCAGAUCACACUCUCGGGCCCGGCCGUGUCCUCGUGGCGGCUGCAGCGGGCCCAGGGGGCGGCCGUGCUGACCUGGGACGUGGAGCGCGGGGCCCUCAUCAGCGGCUUUGAGGUCCAAGCCCGGCCCGAAGCCGCGGCCUCCAAAGACUGGGUGUCCCUGCUCAUCCUGGGGCCUCGCGAGCGGUCGGCCGUUGUGCCCCUGCCUCCUCGGAACCCGGGGACCUGGGCCUUGCGCGUCUUGCCUACGCUGGGGGCGCAGCCAGGGACUCCGACACAGAGCCGGAUCUACCGGGCCGGCCCGACCCUGGGCCCCGGGGCCAUUGCUGGCGUCGUCCUGGGCACCCUGCUGGGCCUGGCCCUGCUGGCUGGGAUCCUCGUCCUGUGCGUCUGCUGCCUGCGCCGCUUCCGGGACAAGACGCCUGCGAAGCGGCCUCCCGCCCUGGGCCCCGUGGCCUCCCCGCCCGAGAAGACGCUGCCGAGUGUGGCCCCCGCGCAGCCCCCGCGGCCUCUGGGCUGCAGAGCCCCGCCCGCGGCCCCUGUCCCAGCCAAGGCCCACCAGGAGGGAGGUGGGCUGACCUCUGCCCCCGCCAAGGAGGGCGGUGGGCUGACCUCUGCCCCCCAGGAGGGAGGUGGGCUGACCUCUGCCCCCGCCAAGGAGGGCGGUGGGCUGACCUGUGCCCCCGCCAAGGAGGGAGGCCCCGGGCCCCGGGCCAGUGGUCUCGCCCCCCGGGGGCCCGAGGACGGUGCGUUCGGUGCGGACGGCCACGCAGGCCCCCAGAUCUCGCGACGUGAGGGAGCCGCUGAGCCCAGUGUCCCGCAGAAGCCCACCCACCCGGCCACCCACAGUCUCCAUAACCCCCCGGGGCCUCGUGUCCGGCUCUGA